GUUUUUAUAGACAAAAUGGACGCCCUCGGAGAUUUGUUGCUGCCUUACAAGGAGCCAGUUGCGAUGGUAGCGAGAAUCGUCACCAUCGGUCAGAUGUUCUCUGGCAGCUUCCUCUGCUACGACAUUUACAAGCAGGGCAGCACUGACGGGGUUUCAAUUAUAGGCUUCCUUGGAGGUUUAGUUAUGAGCAUCCUAAACUUAAAGCUCGGUUUCAUCCUCCGCGAUGACACGAUGAUCCAAGUGAACUACUUCGGUUUGGCCCUGAACAUCAUUUACACCACGAUCUUCUACCAGUACUCAGCACAGAAGGGCAAGGUCUGGACACAUAUAGGUAUGGCUGGUGCGUUCAGCGUGGCGAUCAUCGGUUACGCUGAGAUGGAAGAUCCGCAACUGGUUGAGAACAGAUUGGGUGCCAUCAGCACUGCGUUUAUGUUCUAUUUGAUUUCAUCACCACUUUUCGGUUUGAAACACAUAAUUAAGAACAAGAGCACCAAAGGAAUGCCCUUCCCCAUCAUAUUCUCCGGUACCAUCGUGUGCUUCAUGUGGCUGCUAUACGGAAUUAUCUUGAAGAAUAAGUUCCUUAUUCUCCAGAACGUAGUAGUGUUCGUUUUAUGCGUGUUCCAGCUAAGUCUCUUCGUAAUCUAUCCUUCCAAACCCAAAGGCAAGGAGCAGGAAAAGGCGAAAGCAAAGAAGAUCAACUAAAUAUAGAUAAAUGUGAUUAAAGCAAAUGAUGAAUAAUGA